CCCAUCACUACGUUGGAAGUUGGGAAGAAAAUGACAGUCAAUUAGAGUAGCAGUUCUUUAACGCAUAAGUGAUUACAAUAGUCUCCCUUGACUCAAGUGGUUACCUAUGACGCUUCAUAUACAGUAUACAGCUCAGAUAGAAUAGAUCUACUAUAUAAGGCAAAAGGAGCGAACCUAACUUCACUGCACGUCGUAUGACUUGUGACAGUUAUAUACUUGGACUUUGGGUUUUUCAGAGAGAUACAGAAAGAAUGGCAACUAAUGAGGUCGACCCUACUGAUACAGAAGUGCUGCAAUUCAGUCUCACAGAUCCAGAUCAUUUAUCAGAGCAACUGGAUGCUGCAAACUUGAAUGAUGAAGAAACUGACCUUCUUUUUCAAGAAGCAGUGAAAUUAAAUGCUCAUCUGAAAGAAGUACUUCGUCAUCAGCAGCUUGAAGAAGGACAAAGUAGUAGUAAAGCGAAAAGUAAAAAAGCAUAUGGCCAAGGACAUCCCCUUGCUGCUCCAAAGGCCCCAAGAAACCCAAGACAGUCCACUCUUCCACCUAUUGUUGCCACAAGUGAAAGGUCAAGAGAAGGUUUAAAGAACAGAGAAGCCAAAACAAAGAGUCUUUCAGAUGCACCACGAGUGGGUUCUGCUUCAAAACGCAAAGGCUCAGCUAAAAAGUCUGUUGCAAACAGGCCGGCAUGGGAUGACAGAUUCUCAUUCAGUUGAAGUUCAAAGUUGGAGUUCUCUGGACACGGACUUCUGCGUGUGCAAUUUCUGAGUCACAACACACUGAGAUGGCAAUCUCCAGAGGCAUAUCACACCAUGACUUUUCCCCCCAUGUUAUAAUGAGUGUGCUGUGCUUAGAAAGUGGCUUAUGUGGUCCCUGAAAAUUGAUAAUGUUGAUAUUGUUAGUGUUACGUACUGUGACUGUGAGUAAACACGCCUCUCGUGUUUUUAUUUUUAAUGUUUUGAAUUGACUUAUUGUGUCUUGUUGAAAAUAUUAAAAUAUAUGUCCUGUUGAUAGUUUAUUAAGAGAUGGUGACAUGGGCAAAAAGAACUCUCCUAAAGCCUAAAAUCUCAUUCAUCCUUUAUCUGAUACCAAUAAAUACACAAUUCAGACAAAAAAUAUUUAUUGUCCCAGGGAUUCUCUAGUGUCUCCAUUUCUGUCUGUCUGUCCUUCUGUCUGUCUAUCUGUCUGUUUGUCUGUCUGUCUGUCUCUCUCUCUUUCCCUCUCUCUUUCUCUCUUGAUUUGUAGGAGUCGGGUAUAUCUUUGAGAACAAUGCAUUGACGAACUGUUGGCAUAAUUUGGACAAUAGAUGAACAACUUUCAUCAUGACCUCUGCUGUCACAUAAAACUCUGUGCAAGCAUUUGAAAGUACUUCUUUCUUUACUAAUAUUCAAUCCAUAGGUAUAUGAGUAUGUCUACUGUUGUAUUUGUCUAUACACAUACAUAGUGAAAGCAUGAGCCGUGUAGAUGAGCACUUUUGUCAUAAGAGGGAGUACUACAGUAUAUAAAUAUAAACAGUUUCGUGACAAAAUGCAACUAAUCCAUUUUUCCAGUUUUGAGAAUAAUGAAGAUUUCUGUUCUUCACCUAAUUACUGAACAAUCUCAAGCAAAUUUGAUUUUAGAGUAGACAUGAUGUGUUAGGUUUAGUUGAUAUAUGUUGUUUGAUGAAAUCCACUUUGAAUUCUUAUUUAAAUUUAUGAUAAUUCCUUCAAACAUUUUUGACAAAACGCAACAUAUUCACAUUACAAUAAUAAGGAAGGGAAAGAACUACCGACAAACUUUCUUCGAUCACAAGCAAAGAGAUGGGAUUUGAAGAAAGAACUUGAUUUGGAGAACACAGAUAUCGUGGUUUGUCAAAAAAGGUCUACCGCUUUUGUCACAUUUUGUUUUUUAAAAAAGCGUGACUUUUGCAAUUUUUUUAACGAAGAAAAAUCACAUUUUGUGAAAAAAGAAGUUGACCCUGAAAUGUGCCUCACCUUUCUAGAUCUAAAUAUAUGACGCUGCUAAACGUCAAAACUGGAUUUUGUCGCGUUUUGUCGUCUUACUUUUCAUAUGUACCAUAUGUAUGUCUUAAGGCACUCACUGUGGGUGGUUGGUGGGUGCUCUGGUGUGGUUUGCUCCUUCUUUCCUAUCAAACACCUAUUGUCCUGAUCUCUCCUCCUUUUUUAUAUUUGUUACUCUCUUGUAAUACAUCUAAUCUUCGACACUUAUAUUAUAUGACCUUACUUAUAGUGUUGCAAGUGCUGUAAAACUCUUAAUAAAACUAUUUCCACUUGAACACUCUAGAACUAUUUAGAAUAUGUACUUCAAAACUCGUACAUGAGGAAAAGAUUUUGGUGUCCUGCCAAUAUCACAAUGUGUGGGCCUGACUGUAUUAUGCAUUGUCUCCUCUCCCAUACCCUGAAAAAUAAAAAUGACCUUUAAAUUUCUGCCUCUGUGCCACCCUUUUACCUAACAUGACCUUACCCCAGCAUGUUCCCAGAUACUAAUACUAUGCAUAUUUCUAGAUUGAAUGCUUUCCUUGAUGCCUGUGAAAAAAGUUUUAACUCUGAUCAGUGACACAAAAUGUGUACAUGUAUUGUGUUUUAAAAGCCAUUGUAAACUUUUGAUAAAUAGUGAACUACUGUCCAAGUGUUGGCCAACUGUGCAAAUAGUCAGUUGUUUUCAGUAUUCACCAGUUGUUAAGACUCUAGUCUAAUAUACCUUCCUCCCAUCCCCACCCCCAACUGAGUCCUGAGAAAAAAUCAAAAUAAAUGAGUAAAGGGGCCUAUGUGUGGAAAAAAUUUUUUUCUCAACUUCUCCUUGUUUGGGUUUUAACCUCAAUGGAGGUAAUUUUUACAGUUUUUCAAAUAAUAAUAAUAGUGGGUAGUAGGCUACUGUUUAAAAACAAUUUUCUUGAAUUUGAGCAGUAUCAAGUAAAUAUCCAAACUUCUGAGCUAGGCCAUGCCUUGUGUGUUUGGAUUGAGACUACUGAAUAAAUAUCAUUCUUCCACAUUACAAACUGCUUUCAAGAUACUAUUGUGAUUUUUCCACCAUAAGGGUAUAAUUUACAUUUGAUCAAGAUUCAGAGUGUUUUUCUAAACUGAACAAAGCUUACUGCUGGAGUUAACGGCAAUUUUUCCAUUAAGACAGCAGCAAUUUAGGUACGCUUGGGUUUCUGUAAUAAAAUUAUGCACAGUGAUGUGAAAACUGAAAAAAAUGGUUACAAAAUUAAACACUAAUAAAUCUUCAUCAAUAUCAGUCUG